GUGAAACUGCUAUGUAAUGGGAGUCUUAUUUCCAUCCCGGAAUUGAGUAUUCUUGAAUUUACUUAUUUAGCUCCCUCUGUGGAUAUACCUGUUGAACACAGGGGACGUUGAGAGCCCACAUACCUUUGACAUCUGUAUUUGCAUUCCCACUUUGACAUAGGGUUUGUGCUGCUGCACUCUGCUACUUGUAAUAAUUAAAAUGACAGGCUUUUUUUGGCAAUCCAUGGGUAGUAGGUGGCUGAGGAUUAUGCAACUGUAUAGGAAAAGGGGCUUGAUAAAUCCAGAUGUAUAAUUAAUAAGAAUAAAGCCAAAACUGUGUUGUGUUUGUCUGCAGGGAAUUAAGCCAGACAGCUUCUUUAAGGUGAAGGUCCCUGAACUGAAAGAGAUAAUUGAGGGGUGCAUCCGCAUGAAUAAAGAUGAGAGGUACACCAUUCAGGACCUGCUAGAACACUCCUUCUUCCAGGAAGACAACGGAGUUCAUGUGGAGCUGGCUGAGGAGGAUGACACAGUGAAGUCGGCCCUCAAGCUGUGGCUCCGAAUGGACGACACCAAGAAGCUUCAUGGCAAAUACAAAGACAACAACGCCAUCGAGUUCCUGUUCGAGCUCUACAAGGAUACAGCAGAGGAGGUGGCCCAGGAAAUGGUGGUCCUGGGUUUUGUGUGCGAAGCAGACUACAAGCUAGUGUGCAAGGCCAUCCGUGACCGAGUGACGGCCAUCAAGCACAAGCGCGAGAAGCAGAAGCGACUGCAGGAGAACCUGAAGAAGAAAGAGGAGGAAGAGGAAGAGGAGAAGCAUCAGAGCCUCCUGAGGACGAUCGAGGAGAUGCGCUUGUCCCAGAGCCCCUCCCAGUCCGAGGGUGGAGCCGUGCCACAAGUCCUCCCCCCUGGCCCCGCCCCCUCUGCUGCCAUUGGCUCCUCUGACUCUGGCAUCAACGCCUCCUUCCUGCCUGAGGCGGAGGAGCCCGAGGCCAAUCAUCACCAGCUCUACCUCAUCCGCCACACCAGCUACUCCUCUGCCACGUCGGACUGCGAGACGGACGGCUACCUCAGCUCCUCCGGUCUGCAGGACUCCAAUGACGGGUUGCAGAGGCUGUGCAGCAACAACUCCGUGGGAGAGACCUCCAGCAAGACUCCCCCCAGACCUGCCCUCCGCUUCCCUUCGAGCAUAGCAGUGAGUCUGCAGUCAGACAGAAUGUCAUCUGGACCUAUUAGCGGAUUCUCCUCUCCUGUAGACAGCUACGCCUCUGAUGUGACAUCAGGGAUGAGUGAUGGCUACGAGGGGUUGUCUGCGUCUGAGAGGAGCGUAAAGCCGCAAGUCAAGCGUGCUGUCGGAAAGCUAUUUCGACGGAGAGCGCGAUGCAGACUGCAUAUUAUCAGUGUCUCCGAUAAAGUGGAUCGGGUGGUGGAGUGUCAGCUCCAGACGUACAACAACAAAAUGGUGACAUUCAAAUUUGAUCUGGACGGGGACAACCCAGAGGACAUUGCAGCAGUGAUGGUGCACAAUGAAUUCAUUCUGCCGUCAGAGCAAGAGGGAUUCAUUCAUCGGAUCCAGGAUGUCAUUAACCGCUCCGAGGCCCUGAUGAAGAAGGAGCCUCCUGAGAUACUGGAGACAGAGGGAGAAGCCAGACUCCCGUACCUGAGUGGGGUCGGCACACUAUCCACUUCCCAGCCCGACCUGCGUGUGCAUGAACUGUCCCGCACCCUCUCAUCCUCAUCUUUGCCAGAGUAUGGGUUUGCCAACCCCAGCCAAGAGAUGUCUUCUCCAAUCAACCAUUAUGUAGACAGCCCUCUGUCUGAGCGGGACCCCUGUAUCGGAGCAGACAUUACCUCACACACUCAGCCUCUGAGGCCCCAGCCUCACGCUUCUGCUCCAGUGUCUACCGGUGUCUACUACCAGACGGGCACGCCUUACCACCCAGGAAUGGCUGCCUUGCCUGCAUUGGUGCCAGUUAACACAAUGCCUGCUACGCAGCCUUACCUCCCACAGGCCUACAUUCAGGGAGGAAGCUUCCCCUUGUACCCCAUAACGACAGGCUCUCCACAGCACAGACAGACACCCCCUCCCCUAUCCCAACUGUCCAGCAGCAACCUCCACAACCCCUCCUUUCCAUCCUCCCCCAUGUCUACAAAUCAGCAGAAUCUUUUACACCAGGCUUACCAAGGAGAGAACCAAGGACUGGAGGGCAACCUCUCACCCCAGCAGCAAGCCAGCGUGUGGUCGAACACGACCACCCAGCCCCUUUUCUCCCUGGCCAACGUCCUCUCGCUGGCUGUGAGCGUGGCACAGUCCUUUAUGCCGCCCGCCGCCCCCAUCGCUAGCCCUCUGCCCCUGGGAAUGCCCGCAGCGGUCAGUUACCUCCAUCAGGUGCCAAACUGCAUGUCUCUACACCAGCCUUACUCCCCAGCCUACGCCCAGCAGCAAGUUCUCCCUCCUGAUUCUGUGUACAGUCCCAGGGGGCUGCCCGGUCAAGCAGAGUUUCCCAAUCUGUACCAGACCCCAGAGGUGGUCUCUCAAAGCCCGCCGUCCGCAACCAAAGAAACCGGGUUUCAGCCAUUAUCCCAAGGUUUCCAUGGGAACCCAGUUACCAGCGUGCUGCUUGAUGCUCCUUCUCCAUCUCCACUUAUGGGGCAGUCGCACCGUCACAUCCCUGGGCUUGCGUCUCCCCUUUUGCCCAGCCCCCUGCUCAACAGGAUCCACACCUUCACCCCUCCUCCUCCCCAACUUCCAGACAGAACCAGGAUUCCAGCCUCCCCUGUGGAAUCCUCUGCCUCCCCAGCCACUGCCCAAGAGACAGCGUGCAACAGUGUGUUAUCAGCCAGCCCACAGACUCUAUCUCUGCUAACCGAAUCCUCGGAGAAAACCGCAACCAGAUUAUCUCCGAUUUGCGAAGUUUCAGAAGACAGACCCCCUGUCAUCGUCGGGAGGUUCCAGGUGACACCGAGCAAAGUCAGCACCCCAGCGCCUAAUCCCGGUGCUUCCCUCGCCAAGGAGAGUGACACGGAGAGCAGCACUGAGAACCAGGAAGACUCCCAGGACAGUCUCGCCACCUCCCCAGGCCAGAAAGCCAUCGGCUUCGCUCAGCCGGCAAACGAUACUGACUCCGACAGCAGCUCCAGCACGGAGCACAUCCCUGAGCAGCACUGCUCCGAUCGGGCGUCUGGAGAUGGGCUGGACAUCUCCCCCCAGGGCGUCUCGGCGGACAGCAGCCUCUCGAACGAGGCAGAGACGAAGGCAUUGGAGCAGAGCAGCACGCCCCUCAGCGUGUGGCUGCACUACUCGCGCACCACUUCCUACAUCAGCAGCGACGACACGGAGAGCGAGGACGAUGACAUGUGGGAGGAGCUACAGAGCCUCAGAGACAAACACCUGACAGAAGUGCAGAUGCUGCAGUCCAUACAGAAGAGAGAGAUCGAGGAGCUGUAUGAGAGGAUGGGGAGGGCGCCCCCGCCCGGGAUUGUGUCCCCCGCUACCAUGCUGUCAAGCCGUCAGAGACGCCUGUCCAAGGGGGGCGGCUUGCCCCCCUCCCGCCGGAACAGCCUGCAGAGGCUGGAGAUCCUGCAGCCAGCAGCAGUGACCGGGAUCAUGAGGAAGAACUCUUUCAGUGGGAGCAGCAGUGGGUCGCAGGAGCGCGCAAACAAAGGGGUCACUUUCACAGCGGAUUUCAACAUAAUGGUGAGCUUCCCACUGUUAGAAUGGAGACCGCUGCUUAAAACAGCAUCAGACCUGGACUAAACACCACCCGGAUAGAAGCACGGCUGUCAGUGACUGUCUGUGCAUUCUCAUCAUCUUAAAUGACUUGUUAUUAAGAAACCAUUUGUCUAUAAAGACCGCUAGUGUUCUUAACAGGAUUGACUACUUAGAACUUGAAUUGCGGGCUGAUUGAAUAGCGUAACGUAAACCCAAAAGUAGGUGCUGCAUAUUGCAGGUGUUUUCAUUUAUUUAUUUUUGGCCCAAAACCUGCCAUUAUGGGUCUCUAUUUUCUCUCGUUUUCUAACACGUUGUUUUCUUGUUUUCAGUAAAAACUCUCUCUUGACCCCCCUCCCCCCCCUCCCCCCUCCGGACUACCUCAACUGAUCUGUGAGCUACAGGGUAUCCUAGGCACAGCGAACUGAAAGAAAGUGUUAAGAAGCUUUAAGAGUUCAUUGGAUUUCUGUUGGGAAAGAAAACGCUGGUUAAAUCCCUAGGCAUGAGUGUGGACAACUGGGGCAAUGAGACUUGAAUAGACAUGCUUAAAGCUAUGAUGAUUCUAGAAACAGAAGCUCCACUUUUUAUUUCAUAGACAACUUCUGACUGCUUUAAAUUAAAGUUAAUAGUUCCAAUAUUCUUGGAGCACCUUGAAGA